AUGCACGCAUCGCUUUUGGUCGGAUUUGAUUUUCUAGAUGAGUACAUUGGUUUGAAGAUUGUAGCUAAACUAGGCUCACGUGAUGUAUGGUACUACUUUCUUUGUCCCAUUUCUCCAGUCGCGCAGCGUAGACGCAUGAUUUUUCUAAAAAUUAGUUUAUGUGUCAUUGUACAUGAAACAAUUUUACACAUUGCUGUAGCUGCAAUGGAAGACGAUGUGGAUGAUUUAAAGUAUUUUGAUCGGCGGAAAACUGAUUCUGAAACAUUCCUAAUGCCAUCCGACUUCGCAAUGGCCUCAGAGCUUGAUGAUGACUGGCAAAACAACGAUGACUGGGCUCUUUACAGUAGUGGCAAAUUUGAGGGUGAUAUGGAUAUAGACGUUAUUGAAUUGGGAAAUAUCUAUCCAAAUGUUGAUAACGAUGACACAAAUCCGCAAAACAAUGUGCUGUACAAUGCGGUACGAAAUCGACAUCAACUGUGGCCUAGUUCCCGAAUACCAUAUGCUAUGAGUAGCCAGUACAGUCCAUAUAGUCGUUCGGUAAUAGCAUCUGCAAUGGAGGAGUAUGCCCAACGUACAUGUGUUCGCUGGGUACCACGAUCUACUGAGGAUUAUGAUUAUAUCUACAUAAUGCCCGACCGAGGAUGCUACUCAAUGGUCGGUAAAACAGGUGGUAAACAAACGGUAUCACUUGGUACGGGAUGCAUACAAAAGGGCAUCAUAAUGCAUGAAUUGAUGCAUGCAGUGGGGUUUUUCCAUGAACAAUCCAGAAGUGAUCGAGAUAAUCACAUAACAGUGCUCUGGGGAAAUAUACAACCUGGAAUGCAAGGUCAAUUUGAAAAAUACGAUCAUGGCAUGACCGAUUCACUCGGUGUUAACUAUGAUUACGACUCAAUUAUGCAUUAUGGACCGCUAGCAUUUAGUCGCAAUGGUCAACCAACAUUAGUGCCAAAAAUUCCCGUCACAAUUGGUCAACGACUGCAUUUCAGCACACUCGAUGUAUUCAAAAUCAAUAAGCUUUACAACUGUCCACUGCCUUCAAUAAUUCCAGAUGUGACUGAAAUACAGAGAGUGGCGGCAACUUCAUCUAAAAUCGAUGAAAGUCAGAAAUCCACAAACACAUCUAUACAUUUGAUCAUCACUGAAUUCUGCAAAAACAUUCGUUCGGAUUGUGAUGAACUCGUCGUUUAUGGCUACGGUGUUAGCACUACAAUAAUUGGAAUAGUUCUGGUUUUUUCCUGUUGCUGUGCUUUCUUCAAUAGGUUCACAAUGACACCACCCUCUCCUUGCGCAUUUCACCCAUGUGUAGACCAGCGGUCAGACUGUUUUACACUUGUGCAAAAUGGCCACUGUAUAAUUUCAAACGCAUUUAUGCAAGCUUUCUGCCCAAGAUCAUGUGAUUUUUGCAAAUUAAUGGAAGUGUUAAGUAAUGAAACAGUGGCAACGUCAAAAUUAUCAACUACAAGUGCAAUAAUAACAACUGCAACAGAGGCAACAACGAGGAAGUUCAACAGGUGA